ACUUCCGCCGCCAAAGGGGGUUGAGUGACAGUAAGCAGCGACUCGCCUAUUUUGAUCAAACAGUGUAACAUUUAACUUUUAAGGUUUCCGUUCAAAAUUAAAAAGAGUAGCGCAUAGCCACCAAACGCACGAAUAUAAAUAAGAUAUGUCUAUGCUGUAGACUUAGCAUAAAGGAUCGCUGUACUUGGUUCCGUAUCCGACAUCUAAAGCUUGCAACUGUUAGCCAGUGAAACUCACUCACCGGGCACCAUUUGACACGCAGUUGUUUCUGUCCGGGUGAAGGCAGAAGAGUGAUGCCAAGCAGUACGCACAGCACAGCAACAUGGAAAGCAGUCUUCGCUUUAAAGACAUCUUCUGCCCAGUGCUCUAAACAACCUGAACAAUCUGUAGUAUUCCUUUCAAAGGGCCCAAGAUGUUCCUUAUUUAGGCAGCUCAAGGCAAAGACAGGCAGUGGUGUGUAGUUGAGGGGUGGGCAAAGUUCGGCACAAAACACAUCCAAGAGCUUUCUGUGGACAGACUGUAGCAGUGGGCACAACAACUGCUGACCAAAAUCCACUUUCAAUAGCAGUGAACAGUCUAGUAGGGAUGAAUAACAUUGCCACAUUGUUGCCCAGCGGGAGUCUGGCUUUAUUGUGUAGCACUGUCAGAUCUUUCCUCGGUAUGGACGACUAUGUGCAGAUUGUUAAAAAGCAGUUGUGUGGUUUUAAGUCCAUUGUACUUGAGGGCUUUGUCUCAUUCCCAUGACUCCAGAGAGAAGAUGAAGAGAUUGCUGCAUUAACUGAUUUGUCUUGGUCCCAAAAUAUAUCAGUAUCUGUGCAUUGACCCUGACUCCAAUGAUAAAAUGUAAAAGGGUUUGGAAAUGGUUGUCCAAAGUUAGUAGACCGAUUCCAUGCUGGUAGAGAAACAUCUCAGAUUUGCGGACAACAAAACGGACACUGGCACAUCACCCCAAUUUAAAUGGAAGAAAUGAUUUUUUGCCUUCAUCCUAAAGCCAACCAAAUCUGAAAGAUGCACUAAGAGAUGCAAGAAUGACUACUCACUUGGAAUCCUUCUACUGGACAUCAUUUCCACAGUUGGAAUAUGUUCUCUGUUGAAUUUAUUGGACUUUAUCACUGUGAUGAGAAUGGAUUUCAUGAGAAAGGAGUUCAUCAGCUCUUAUCACUUUUUCAGGCAAGGAACAGUCUUAAAUUUCUGAGAAGUAUCCUGAGAAUAUUUCUUAAUGAAAAGUCAAGGAUAAAGAUUUCAUCAAUGGAUCAACGUUUUCUUGCACCUCAGAAAGGUUAGGUUGUCAUUUCAAAAUAAUCGCAAUUUCAUGCGUAUAGACGCUUUCAGUAGGAAGUAUGCUCUGAUGGGACCUGGAUGAUAGCCAAACAGAACAAGGGGCAGACAAACGAAACUACAGAAGAAGGAAGAUGCUUUGUUUUUCUCAAUGGGAGAAAAGUAAAUCUACAUCUUAGUGUCCAUUUCUUCCUCUUGAAACCAUCAGUAUCUUAGUCUGUUUAAACUAUUAAAAUUAUUAUCAACUUUGAAAAAAUUGAUGCAACAAUGAUCCCUUUGAACGUGACUCAGAAGACAUCCUUGGAAACUAUGACGAAGAACUACGUAAUGACAGCACCCAGUCCAGAGUUCACAACCCCUGCUGUGAUAGAAAGAGAAGUAGUGCCCAUGGGCUAUAUUCUAAGUGUGGGAUCCAUUUUGAUCAUCUCCACCAACCUUUUAGUCGUUAUUGCCCUGGUCCUCCUCAUCCGCAAAAGGGGCUGCCAGAGCUGGUGUUUUGUCUUAAACCUAUCCAUAGCGGACAUCCUGGUUGGCGUGGCUAUCACUGGCAUUGCCACUGAUGCUCUUGAAGGAACGACGGCCUCCAUGGAGAAGGGCAUUUGUUUGUUGCGCAUGACCUUUAUCAUGGCACCCUCUGCAGCCUCCAUCUUAACCAUGUUCUUGAUCUCACUGGACCGCUACUUAGCUAUAAAGUUGCCACUGCGCUAUUCGCAGUUAAUGAAUGGUAAGAUGAUUGCUGGGGCACUGGUUCCCGUCUGGCUCAUCUCAGUGACCGUGGGAUUUUCACCCAGCGUUUUGAAACCGUUGCAGAAGGAAGGCUAUCAUAAAGUCUGCACGUUCUUCUCUGUCAUAGAGCCAAAGAGCAUCAUUGUGGUCUUCUGUCUUUUUUUCUUUCCAUUACUCUCAGUCUUCAUCUAUUUUUACAUGGACAUCCUGAAAAUUGCAUGCGGCCAUCAGAAGCGCAUCUGUGCCCAGCAAGCGGGUUCACGCUUUCUGACGUCUAGCCGUUACUGGGGUCACGUAAAAGCCCUGCGCACUGUUGCCGUGCUGAUUGGUUGCUUCACGCUCUGCUGGUGCCCCUUUUUUGUGGUCGGGAUUGUGCAGGCAUCAUGUCCAACCUGUGAACUUUAUGACUUUUUGGAGAACCAUCUCUGGCUGCUGGGACUCUCAAACUCCCUAAUAAAUCCCCUUGUUUAUGCUUGCUGGCAGCGGGAGGUGAGAAACCAGAUCUGUGAGAUCUUCGCUCAUAUUAAAGUCGGGUUGUGUUGUGUAAAACACUUUAAAACAGCAGACAGAUGCCCCACAGACCACCCGACCGUCACUCAGGCAGUAACGUUUCAUGACAAGAUAAGAUGCUAGCCACCCCGUUAAAUUACAGUAGGUCUGUCACAAUUCCUGAACAACAAUCAGAAAAUAUUUCCAAUAGAUAGGAUAUCGUUUUAAAGUCCACUGACCAUGAAACUGUAAAAGGUUUAGAAAAAUGCUACAUCCCUUAAUGGAUGCGGAGCCCACAGUAUCUGUCCAAAUACAACAGAUGCCGCUUUAUUUGAACACAAAGUUCAAAAUAUAACCAAAGCACUUAUUUCCCAUUUCUACUUUUUCCCAGUUGUAAAAUAUGCGACUGUAAUAAAUUAAAUACUAUUUGUGUUGUAUCAUUGUAGAGGGUUUCUCAUCAUCACUGUCAUCUUGCCCACUGAUGGUUAUGACAGAGUCCUUUUAAUAAGAUGACUGUUGAUAGGGCAAUAUUCUCUGUAAAAUGGUUUUGU